CCUAACAGCACGCUGCUCUUCGACAGUGCGCUCCAUGGCAACAGCCUGCGCAACUGCAGCUGCGCCUCUGACAUUCUAGACUGCAGCGACACACUGGCCAAUCUGCUGUGCAGCUGCCGCACAGUGCCCCGCUCCUCGCUGCCCCCUGCUGGCCUCCGUAUGCAGGGCGGCCUGACAGUGUGGGUGCACGAUGGCUGGCUGCUGCGCGAGCUGCUGAACGGCAGCAUGGUGCAGGACCUGCGGCUGUCAGCCUGCGGCCGAGCCGCCCUGUCUCCUCCUUUCCCGCCCCGAUACCUAGCACUGUUCGGCCUACGCAGCCUACGUGUGUUCAGCUCCGCCCCCGGCGCCACUCACCCCGAGCAGGCACUCACCAUCUCUCCGAGCCCAACUUUGGACGUGUCUGGGGCACAGGCCGGGAUGCUCCCAGCGCCCUUCCACGUGUCCUUCUUGGAUGUGUCCGUCCUCGGUGGCCGCUCGUCCCUGAAGGCCUACAGCGUGAACAGCUCCUCUACAGCCAACCUCACCCAGCAUUUCCCCCACCUGCCCUUGCCGCACGCACCCCCUCAGCACGGCCACUCCCAGCAGGCCUGCCUCCUCACAUUUAUCUACUAGAUCUGGGUUGUGUGUGUGUGUGGGGGGGGGGGAGUUCCUGGAAUAAACUAACAAAGGUGUUUGCAUUUACAGCACUAAAGCUUAAUACUGUCUGUUGGAAAGAAAGAAUGGACACACCAAGCAGGACUACAGCACAAGCGAGUCACGGGUCGAACUAAGAGGACCCAGCUGAGCUCUGUGUCCUCAUGCACUGGAUCUCCACUGGAUCUCCGCUGGUUGCUGACAUGCAGUGAAUGCUGGGGAAAUUGGGAUGGACCCCCCCAUAGGGAAGGACAUUCUCAGGCUGGGUUGCUGACGUGCACUACAUGGUUGUCAAUUAUGACAGUCGCCAACUGUUAAUCAGGGUAAUUCACCGUGGGAAAUCCCAGGUACCCAGAACACACGGAAGUGGGGGUCACUGGGUGGGAAUCCAGAGCAUGGUUUUGGUGAAUCGAGCUGUGAGAUAAGCCUCACCCCACGUGUUGGGCAUACCCCAAGCUGCUGCAGUCCGCACUGUGAGUAUGUGUAGCUGCAUGUCUGAGAAAAGGCAGCGUGCCGUUGAGUAACUGAGAGAGCACGUUUGGUCGUGUGUGUCUGCAAGCUUGCCGCAUCUUGCUGACCUUUAGCUUCAUUCCUGCCGGGUACUCUAACGUUAAUCCGCAGUUACAGCAACACAUCUGCUCAUGACUGUUGAAUUAUGGGACCUAAUACACGCCUCGCGUAGCUUGUGAGAGCAUAAAAGGGAUCGACUGCAGCAGUCGCCCCUGGCUGAUUGCUCUGCGUGUUUCUGAGCGUGACUUCAGCUGCUCCUUUUGGCAGGUUAAGAAGCGGCAGUAAUCUAAUCUUUUCAGUACUUCUAGUGUGAUCAGAAUGCUGUUUCGCUCCUCGCUUAGCGGUCGGCUGCUGCCGCUCAGCCUGUUACCGUGCAGCCGCGUCUCCUGCUGGAAUCGGCCUCAUAUUGAUUUGAUUACGUAGCUAAACUAAUGUUGGCUACUUUUGCUGUUGCUUUUACAGGGAUUUAUGAUGGCCUGCUGGUUUUUUCAGCAAGGCUUCAGUUAAAAGUACAAAUGUGGUUUUUACUAAAUCAAAUCAGUUAAAUCCAUUUAUCCAUCUUGUUAUCCAUUUUUCCAACAGCUUAUUGAGCUUAGCGGUGCUGCAGUCCUUUAAAUGCAACAUAAAGUCUGUGGAGAAGAUCAGAAAGGAAAACGGUGGACAGAAUUAUUGUGAGCUGCCAAUCAGGCCGUAAUAUAAGCAGGGGUGGAUUUACCAUCAGGCCAGUGUAGGCAGCCGUCUGGGGCCCCCAGAAUCUAGCAGCCCCAUGACAACAGAAUUCCAGAAGUUACAUUUAAGGAUUUAACAUAAUAUUAUCAUUUAAAUUAUAGAAAUGUCUGUUAUUUACAUCUUUAAAGACAGUUUUCCGGAUAGACAGAGUUGCCUCCCAUCCAAGCAAACUGCCACAAAGCAGCCUAACAGGAGAGGAAAACAGCACAAAGAUACAGGACUAACAUGACAUCAUCUGCUGCGUCUUUGAAACUCUCCCGCUAGCGUGGUAGACAAACCGAGAUCAGACGUGGAGGGAACACAAUUCAAUGAACGUAUGCAAAUAUUUAAGAGAAACCUCAGCCCCGAGGCGGAGUAAAGCAUAGGCUAUCCUAGGUUACAGCCCAGGGCCCCAGCUAAAGAGGAAAGGGUUAAGUUUCUUAAAUUUGGCAGAUCGAUCUGACGGGUCGAUGCCCCCACCCCGAUCAGUGAAUAUUGCUGACAGCACUCCUGCCCCCACUCUGAUCGGUAAGAUUUACCACUGACACCUUGUACUUUGAUUAACAUAUUACUUAUACCCCAUCGUUUUUAAUUCCCUCUCGUUUCUCUUUUGGCUCCAAAUGCCCCACUUGGGGGGGCCUUACUUAUGUCACCCUAGGGCCCCCAGAGAAGUUUUUGACUCAGGGCUGGGCGGGGCCCUAGAGAAACCGUUAAAGCAAUCAGCACUGCUGCAUAUAAGCUGCUUUUGCCCUGUAUGUUAUUAAACCAGGAACAUCAGAACUAGCAGGCAAGCCUAAGUAAACGAUUCACGAAGCGAAACACAAAUGAAUAACAGUCGUUAUAAAUUGCCCUUACAUAAUGUGGUUAAGAUACGGGUGCAUGGAAUUUAAGUUAAAAAUGCUCCAUGGGGCUGGGAUUUACAGCUAAUGGACUUCCUGUCUUGUAGGAGGGUGAUAUAACGGAAAGUACACGGUAAUGACAUUCACUAUUUACAGAAAUAUAAUCAUAUCAUUUAAUGUGCAUUGCGGCACAAAGCAGUCCUGCUGACUAACCCCGCGAUGUCACAUUUAUGUCAGCCGAUCGUGGACGGGGGGGGGGGUGGGAUCAGAAUAUGCGAAAAAACGUCAUCGAUUCAUCUGAAGUAUGAGGCUGACUGUUCCCAGAUCCCCCAACGGGCAUUAAACGUGACAUGAAUCGUACGGAAAUGAAAGAUGUUUAAUAAUGAAUGAUGUGCUGCGUAGUGAAGGCGCAGUGACUGGUAAGAGUGCGCAUGUUCAAAAAUGAAACCGGGUAGACUUCCUUUCCAGUGCUAUUUGUAUAUAAUUGUGCUGUACUUACCUUAAGAAUUAUAUUGAACGUUAGAAUAAUAUUCAAACAUUUUUUUACUCAUUUUUACAUAUUGACGUUUAAUUCUGCCAUGUCUGUACCGAUGUGAUUAAAAAUGAAUGAUGAUUCAAAAACA